AUGAGCAUUGUCUCUUGGCCUCCAAAGGCUAUCUCUGCUUACAAGAAAUGCUCAAAAAAGUGGAAAAUGCUGUUCGCCCUUCAUAGGAGUGAUGAUAUGAGAGUGAUGAUUCAUACCCAUGUACUGCAUUGCCCAAGUCUGCACCGUACAAUUUUAUCAGACAUGGAUAAUGGAAAUUGCUACUUUGCUCUGAUUACCUCUUGUCCUCUUGGUCGUGCAGGUCAAGACAUUGACGUAGUCUUCGGUCAGCAGCCAACUACCAUCAACUUUGACAGCCACCUAAAGAUGCGACAGUUUUCGCUCGGGACAGCGCUUUUGCUAGGAAGCUCUUUGUUUUCAACCAGCACCGCGUAUGACCUAAUCCGCAAGAGGCAAGCGGCGAAUGCAACCUACAAAGAUGCCUCCGCCUCCGUUGAUGACCGCGUCUCCGAUCUCCUGUCACGCAUGACGAUCGAGGAGAAGACAUCUCAACUUAUUCAAGGCGAUCUCAUCAACUGGAUUAACUCCACUACGAAUGCAUUCAACAGCACUGGGUUAGAAUGGAAUUUCAGGGUCCGUGCAGGUCAAUUCUACGUUGGUCAUGCCAUGCCACCAGAAUGGAUCAGUGCUGGGAUAAAAACGGCCCAGGAAUACAUCAUGCACAACACAACACUAGGCAUCCCAGCUCUGACACAGACCGAGGGCAUUCACGGUUUGCUUGUUGGCAAUGCUACGAUAUUCAACAGCCCAAUCGCAAUGGCCUGCUCUUGGAACCCGGAACUUAUCUACGACAUGGCUGUCGCUAUUGCGAAAGAGUCGCAAGCCCUGGGGAUUAACCAAUUAUUUGCACCUGUAGUGGAUCUUGCCCGUGAGUUACGCUUUGGUAGAGUUGAGGAAACAUAUGGCGAGGAUCCCUUCCUAGCAGGAGAACUGGGUUACCAAUACGUCAAAGCAGUUCAGAGUCUCAACGUAAGCGCGACAGUGAAGCACUUUGCUGGCUUCAGUAUGCCUGAACAAGGACUGAAUACCGGACCUGUCCAUGGUGGGGAACGUGAAAUGCGCACAACCUGGCUACCCCCCUUCAAGCGCUCAAUCAUCGAUGCCGGUGCAUGGAACGUCAUGGGCGCUUACCACUCCUAUGAUGGAAUACCUUCUAUCGCGGAUGGCCAUAUUCAAGAGACUAUUCUCCGCGAAGAAUGGGGCUACAAGUACUGGGUGACAUCAGAUGCUGGAGCUACAGAUCGUCUCUGCUGCACGUUCAAGCUUUGUCAAUGCAAGACUGCCGACAAGCCGAUUGACAAAGAAGCGGUGACUCUCAUGGCUUUGCCAAACGGUAAUGACGUUGAGAUGGGAGGAGGAUCCUAUAACUUCGAAAUGAUUCCCAAGUUAGUCGAGGAAGGUAAGCUCGACAUUGAAGUCGUAGACAGAGCUGUCUCAAGACAACUGAGAGCAAAAUUCGAGAUGGGUCUUUUCGAGAACCCGUACCUAGGUAUCUCGGAGAAUGCAACGUCUUCCAUUAUACAUACCCCCGAGAAUGUCGCUCUAGCACGAGAGUUGGAGGCUGAAUCGAUUGUUCUGCUCGAGAACAAGAACGCCAUUUUACCAUUGUCAAAGUCCGCCAACAUCGCCGUUAUUGGACCAAUGGCGAACAUUACUAAUCUCGGCGAUUAUGUUGUUUAUCGCUCCCAGUACAACCCUACGAAUGUCACACCUCUCCAGGGUCUCCAGAAUGCGACAAGUGGGACAGUAACGUAUGCGCAAGGAUGCGAACGCUGGUCGAACGAUCAGUCUGGCUUUGGGGCUGCCAUUUCCGCUGCCGAGGGCGCAGACGUUGCCGUUGUAAUUGUCGGUACUUGGUCGCGCGACCAGAACGAGCUCUGGCAAGGUCUGAAUGCAACAACAGGCGAGCACGUCGAUGUUGCUUCCCUGAACCUGGUUGGUGCUAUGGGUCCCCUUGUGCAAGCGAUUAUCGACACCGGGAAACCCACAGUCGUCGUAUAUUCCUCCGGAAAGCCCAUCACCGAACCUUGGAUCUCGGAGAACGCGGCUGCACUUGUCCAGCAGUUCUACCCUGGCGAGCAAGGCGGCAACGCCUUGGCCGAUGUUCUCUACGGCAAUGUGAAUCCCUCUGGCAAGCUCUCGGUCUCAUUCCCACACGAUGUUGGUACGCUACCGGUGUACUAUGACUACCUGAACUCUGGCCGAUACACCAGUCCGGGUGCCAUUCUUCCCAAUGGCACUCUACAGUUCGGCCAUCAAUAUGUUCUUCAUACGCCUCAGCCACUUUAUGAGUUUGGCUACGGUCUCUCCUAUGCGAACUUCACUUACUCCAAUGUUACCCUCUCGAAGACCGAAGUUACUGCCGAUGAGAAGAUCACUGCCAGUGUGAGCAUUACCAACGAGUCGGGCAUGGAUGGCAAAGAAGUUGUACAAUUUUAUGUGCAGGACGUGAUUGCCAGUAUAGUUGUACCGAACAAGGAGCUCAAAGGCUUCAAGAAGGUCAUGGUAAAGGCGGGUGAAACGGUGGAUGUGAGCGUGGAGCUCGAUGUAGCACAAUGGGGCUUGUGGGAUAGAAAGAUGAAGUAUGUGGUUGAGAAGGGGGAGUUUGUUGUCCAUGCCGGUGCUAGUUCUAGCGACCUAAGGGCGAACGGCACAGUUACGGUCGUUUAA